UGACUACACGGAGUUCACGGAUCAGCUGAGAAACUUAACCUGUCUGUUAGAUUGACGGACUGCUAUGUACAUCUCCAUGCGUCAUGGGCAAAGGAAAGGAUAAAAAGGAAAAGAAGGACAAAAAGACCAAGAACAAUAAGAAAAAUAAGUCGAAAAAUGAUUUGGACGAAACUGGAUUCGAUGACAUCCCGUUGGGAAACCGGAAGUUGAACACGGAGUCCCUGGAUACUGGAAUCUACCUGGAGGAUGGGUCCUCGGCGUCCCGCGUUACCGGGGCAACGUCCGAUUACUCCCUCGCGUCACGUGACAAGUCUCAGAGUUCCCACAACGGGAACAGCGUCUACGGCGCCAACAGCCGCACCCAGAUAUUCGGCGAGGAUGAAAACGAGGAGCGGGGCAACUGGACGGGGAGGUUCGACUUCAUCCUGUCCAUGCUGGGGUAUGCGGUGGGGCUGGGGAAUGUAUGGCGCUUCCCCUAUCUCUGCUACAGGAACGGGGGCGGGGCGUUCCUUCUCCCCUUCCUCUUGAUGAUGGCCAUUGUGGGGGUACCGCUGUUCUUCCUCGAGGCCUCCCUGGGGCAGUUCUGUAGCAGCGGACCGAUGACCUGCUGGAUGUUCGCCCCGUUGUUUAAAGGAGUGGGUAUAGCUAUGGUCGUCGUGUCCGCUCUGACCAGUAUCUACUACAACAUGAUCCUAGCCUGGUCCCAGUUCUAUCUGUUCGCCUCCUUCACCAGUGAGCUGCCGUGGAAGACGUGUGACAACGCCUGGAACACCCAUGACUGCAGUUUGAAGUUGCCGAAGGUGACCUGCGCUGACGGGGACGUGUACAACAACGGCACCUGCUACGAGAAGGGUGAAUUCGUGGGGUUAUGGAACGUAACUCUAUUUCAAGACAGCACUGGCCGGAAGAGGGCGCUCCCAUCAGAAGAGUACUGGACGAACCACGCCCUUAAGAUGUCAGACAGUAUUGACGAUUUUGGAUUACCCGACUGGAGGCUUGUUCUGAACCUGAUGCUAGCCUGGGUCAUCUGCUUCUUCUGCCUCAUCAAGGGCAUCAAGACAACUGGCAAGGUUGUCUACUUCACCGCCAUCUUCCCAUACGUCGUCUUGCUUAUACUGUUUUUCCGCGGAGUAACAUUGCCGAACGCUUCCGAAGGAAUCUACUACUUCAUAGUGCCGGACUUUGCCAGACUUGGUGACGCCAGGGUAUGGAAGGACGCCGCCAACCAGAUAUUCUUCUCCAUGUCCAUAGCAGGCGGAGGCCUGGUCACGUUGUCCAGUUACAACAGGUUCCACAAUAACAUCAUCAGAGACUCCAUCAUCGUAUCCCUCGGGGACUCCAUCACAUGCAUCUUCGCCGGCUUUGUCAUCUUUUCCUACCUUGGCUACAUGGCCGGCAAGCUGGGAGUCGACAUUAAGGAUGUCGCUACAGACGGUGCGGGUCUGGCGUUCACCGUGUACCCAGAGGCAGUGUCCAGCCUCCCUCCAUCCACGCUGUGGUCCAUCCUCUUCUUCUUCAUGUUGAUCACUCUGGGCCUCGACAGUCAGUUCGCCAUGCUGGAGACGGUGCUGACUGGAUGCUUGGACCAGUUCCCCGCACUCAGACCGAAAAAGACCUGGGUGAUCCUGGGGAUCUGUUUCCUGUUCUUCAUACUGGGGCUGCCCCUGACGACACCCGGGGGCAUGUACCUGCUGCAGCUGAUGGACAAUUUCGUCGGGGGAUGGACCCUCAUCAUUAUAGGGUUCUUCGAGUUGGUAGCAGUUAUAUUUGUAUAUGGUGCCAACAGGUUCUGUAACGAUAUCCGGAUUAUGACCGGCUAUAACUGGUUCCUGUGGUGGAAGAUCUGCUGGUACGGACUCAGUCCAGUCACAAUAGGGUUCAUCUUCAUCUUCACCUGGGUGGACUACUCCCGCCUCACCUACGGCGACUACACCUACCCCAUCUGGGCCGAGGUCUUGGGCUGGCUGCUCGCCUUCACCUCCAUCGCCGCCAUCCCCGUCGUCAUGCUCUACCGCAUCAGUAAGGAGGACGAGGGAGACAACGCAUGUCAGAAAGUACAACUUCUUACCAUACCGACAGAGGAAUGGGGCCCCGCCCUGGUCAAGCACAGGAAGCUGGUCCAUUAUGUCGACGACUUUGUUGUUGACCCCUGGGAAGCAAAACGGGCAAAUACAUUUGUGAACUAUGCAUUCAAGUCACAGUCCCGAGACACACUGGACACCGGAAGUUAUCUCUCUGAGGUCACGACUGAAUCAAGGUUUACACGAGGGUCAAGGACGACAGGUCACUCGGUGCAUACAGUUUCAUCUUUCGAGUCCACAGUCUGAUACCAAGUAGACAACUCUCAGAAUCGUGCAAUAUAAGUCAUUCCACCCUUCAUUGACUGGUUCUAUUGGUGGCCCAUAGCUAUUCUCGGCUGUGAAGUACCGAUGACUGCUGAAACAUCCAGGUCAUCCUCGAUAGUCUAGGGUGUUAUAUUUCUAAAAUGCAAAUGGCACCCUUGAUAUGCUGAUCCGGGUACACUACAUGUAUUGGAUUCUCAUGACUGAGCAUAAUGUCAGGGGGAAAAGAAUAUGUAAGUCAUCACUAACUCAUAUUAGUACUGGCUUGUUAUAUCAAUUGUAAAAAGUCCAAAGAUCUAUCAUUUUUUUCUUCAAAAAAAUCCUUUCUCAACAGUUAGGACCGUCACUUAACUUAACAAAUACAUCUCAUUCCAUAAUCGCAUACAGAACCGUACAGCUAUUGGAAGCUAGCAUCUGUUGUCUCAUGUAUAGAAGUAGCGACCAGAUGCAGAGAAUGUGAUAACAAAAUCAAACAGGUUGAAGAACCUGUUAUCGUGAAAGAUGUCAUUUACUAACAAAGAGUUAUUCUGCAAAUGUUGACACAACUUACAGAGAAUCAGCUGAUGUGUCUCAUUCUCAGAAUAUACAGAGUUUAACGCAGAGACAAUAUAUGUAUUUCUUUAAACACAUUUAAGUAAUCAGUUUCAUUGUUGUGUUCUGUUAACGAUAUCCAUGUACAUACUAUUUUGUUUCUCAAAUUCAUGAAUGAGGUCGGUUUAACGCCACUUUGGUCAGUUUUCCAAUCAUAUCACAGUCUUAUAGUGUCAGUUUAAUGUGGGAGGAAAGCCCGAAGAUAUGCAGGUGUCAGACGUUUACAACUUUGGUGAAACCCACGAGUAAGGAUAUGGUGCUAACAAACCUCGAAACAUAAUCAGGGC